AACCCCUGCGUGUGGAAGGGAAAAGUGAGAAAGUGAGCGUAUAUAUUCGUCUUUUGACCCUUUUGGUGGCGAAAAAGCAAACAGCAUUUCCAGUUGUCGCCAAUUUACCCUGCCUGCUGGUUUCGUAUGAGUCAGCAUGUGGUGCAGGUGGAGGAGACUGGUUCUUUACUGUACGGUGUGUAGGUGUGUUUGUGGUUCGUUCGCGAUCGCGUAUGUGUGCCGCAGACCGAGACCCGGUUGUGAAAACGUCAUCUUCUUCCCUCGAAAAAGAAAAGACGGAGCAAACUGUCAUCCCCCCCAACACACCUUUCUUAGGUCCCGUGUGCCGUGUUGUGUUGUUCGUAGUCGUCGUCGUUUAUCUUCGCGUCAUCAGGAUUUGCAAGCCAAGUUCCAAUAUCCUGUUGGAUUCGUGCAUAUGGAAAAUUCAUAUGAUUGAUCAUUGUAUUUUUCCUUCACGAGCUACAAACGACGGAUAGUGACGGCUAUGAAAACGUCCCACCACUAAAAGCCAACCAGCUGAUGACGUUACCGAUCCGUCCGGAGGAGACGAUACAGGCCCACGGGUUUUUUACCCGCAGCAGAAAUCGACAGCAAAGCAGCAGACACAGCAGGCAGCAUCAGUGAAACAACACCACCACCGGGGGUUAGAUGUGCAACGUGUCUAGCAGCUUUUCCUUAUCCGGGGCCGGGGGGAAAAACGAGUCGAAAGUGGAAUCAGGUGUAAAUAGCGAAACGAAGUUAGAAAAAAAGCAGAAGUGAAAGAAGUAGGGGGAAAAAAACAUCAUCCACGAUCAUCAUCCUGGGUGAGAAAGUGUACACAAGAUCCGUGUCUCUGUGAGCUGGCGAAUGUGAGCCACGGUGAGAAAGUUUUCACGUUCGUCGUUCAAGCCGAGUGUGUAUGUGUGUGUGUGUGUGUUAGUGGAAGCAACAAAAAAAGAAGAAAAAAGUGAAUAAGUGAAAAAAAUUGCGAUCAAGAAGCAGAUUACUGCAAGGUGGGGGAAAACCCACCUGUUGCGAGUUGCGUAGAAAAUCUGAUCAUUGCACACGUGUGACACCGUGUGCGCGUGUGUGUGUGUUUUAUGGUGUAAGUGCGUGUGCGAAAAUUCCCUACUUCAAAAAGCAGAAGAAAAAAAAAAUAUAAAACGAUCACAAAGUACUGCAGCUUUGUGUAUGUGCGCGCGUGUUUUGGGUGUGUGCGGUCUCUAUUGUGUGCCAACUGUCAUCUCGCGCACACGUUCUGCGUUGUGUUUCGCACACACGUAUAACGGGAGAUCGUAGUAGUCUAAAAACGACGAUCAUCACUGUUGCUGCUGCACAUUUAUCACCUGCUUCGUAGCUCACUUGGCGCUCACCCCGUGAGAGAACGGUGCAUCGUGACGCACGCAACAUCUUCCGGCUGUUCCGUGAAAACGGGGCUCGAUUGUCAUCGGGUGCAUUCUUCCGUCUUCUGCGGCACGCCGGUUCGCUCUAGUGGAACGGUGGAUGUGUGUGUGCGUGUCUGGUGUUUUGGCGCCCGGAAGGAAAUGUAAUGUGUUUGGAAGCUAAGACACAAGAAUGCCAAUACAGGCGCCCCAAUGGACAGAGUUUCUCAGCUGUCCCGUUUGCUGCAACGAGUUUGCAGCGAACUUACGCCCACCGAUCAGUCUAGGAUGCGGUCACACCAUCUGUCGCACCUGUCUCGCCACACUCCACCACAGGCAGUGCCCGUUCGAUCAGACUGUUAUAUCGACUGAUUUAGAUUAUCUACCGAUAAAUAAUGCAUUACUGCAGUUGGUCAGUACACCGGGAGCCACGUCCUCGUCGACGUAUGGUACGAAGGGAGGAACAGGAGGAGGAGGAGGAGGAGGAGAUGGAACGAACAAUACUACCAACAAUGGAGGCAGUUCAUCGCCAGGCGGAGGAAGCUCGCAGGGUGCUGUUUGUGGAAGCAAUAGCAGUACUAGUAGCGCAAGUAGCAGUAGUAGUGCCAGCAGCAACAGCAGCAGCAGUAGCAGCAGUAGUAGCACUAGCAGCAACAGCAGCAGCAACGGUAGCACCAGUAACAGUACUAGUGCCACCAACGACUCAACUUCUUCCUCCGGUAGUAUAAAUCCUCCCCCAACUGCCAAUGUGUCCAAUGCUUCCAAUGCAGGGAUUACCGAUCCGGACCUCAACUCGACGAGCGUUCAGAGUCUCAGUCCCGAGAAUCUGCAGUACUACAAAACGGCGAAGGCAUGCAUUGAGGAGCUGGCGCUCUACCUUAAGCCAUGUCCACCAGCCGGUAGCACAUCGUUGGCAGCGGGUGGUGGGCCAGGUAGCAGCAGCAUCGUCAGCUCCUCUGGACCAUCCGGUGCAAGCCUGCUGUCACGGCAGAUGCAGCGCAAGCUGGUGAUACUGGUCAACUGUCAGCUGAUCGAAGAUGAGGGCAGGGCACGGUCGCUCCGUGCCGCUCGCUCACUAGGCGAGCGUACGGUCAUGGAGCUGAUCUUGCACCAUCAAAAUCCGCAGCAGCUGAGCACGAACCUGUGGGCAGCGGUGAGGGCCCGCGGUUGCCAAUUUCUCGGCCCGGCCAUGCAAGAAGAGGUGCUGAAGCUGGUGCUGCUAGCCCUAGAGGAUGGAUCGGCCCUAUCGCGCAAGGUGCUGGUAAUGUUUGUCGUUCAGCGUCUUGAGCCACAUUUUUCACAAGCGUCCAAAACGAGCAUCGGGCAUGUGGUGCAGCUUCUGUACCGUGCGAGCUGUUUCAAGGUAUCGAAACGGGAAGGCGACUCCUCGCUGAUGCAGCUAAAGGAGGAGUUCCGGACGUACGAGGCGUUACGGCGCGAACAUGACGCGCAGAUCGUGCAGAUCGCGACGGAAGCGGGAUUGCGGAUCGCUCCCGAUCAGUGGUCCUCGCUGCUGUACGGUGACACCGCGCACAAGUCGCACAUGCAGAGCAUCAACGACAAGCUGCAGACGCCCCAAUCGUUCGUGCAGUCGGUGCAAGAACUGAUUAUUGCCCUACAACGCACCGGCGAUCCGGCCAAUCUGUCCGGACUGCGCGUACAGUUGAAGCAUUUGGCGGCGAUUGACUGGAACAGCGAGAAUCAUGUACCCAGCUGGGCAGAAUGUGCUGCCGCACUGCAAGCGGUAAAACGUGUUGUGGCCGGUCUGGUGGAUUUUGUGCAGCAUCAUGGCAACCGAAAGCUGCAGGAGGCAGGUCAUCUGGCACACAAUCGAAACUACAAGAUCAGCUUGUGUCGGGACUUGAAUAAUCGGGGCACUUGUCCGCGCGGACCCAACUGUACCUUCGCACAUUCGGACGAAGAGUUGGAAAAGUAUCGGACAAAGUUGCGUAAGAGCCACGGGAGCAGUGCGACGGCAAGUUUGCGCAUGAUGGCAAAUGGUAAGGAUCAUCAUUUAGGUGGUUCGGGAGGUAUGUCUGCUGCCGGUGGACAGUCUGGUGGUGUGAGUCGGACACGUUCGGCUGUGGAGUACCAUGGGCACACGGGUGGUGGUAGUAACGGUGAUGGAGCGAGCGGUAGUAUGCAUCAAAGUUCGUCCUCAUCCCAUGGUUAUCAUUCGUCCGGAGAGGAAGCAUCAUCGCCGGUGCGCUAUCAAAAGACAUCUUCCAUUGGAGGUGGUAGAGAUGGGCCAGGAAGUCAACAUAGCCAUCGAAUGCUUGAUAAAACUCACAUCGGUAGUCAAGGCAGCAGUGGUUUAGGAUCUGGUGCAGCAGUUCCAGGUGUUAAUGGGCCCGGAGGUACACAUCCGUCUUCGUAUGGUGGUGGUGGUGGUCCAGUCUCCAUGAAUGGUGGUACUCGUGGUGGUAUUUACCCGGUUGGUGGUGGUGGAAGUACAACAAGCCACUAUCCACACGCUGGCGGAGGAAAUAGCAGCGGAAUGAAUUAUUCAAACCGUGGACCACCUCAUCACCCGUCGGGUGGAGCAGGAGGAGGCCCCUCUUCACAGGCAGGUGCUCAACAUAAUUCUUCCCAAUCGCUGAGGUUCCGUGCACCGCCCCACAUGGGUCCAAGCCCGGGUGGAACGAAUGCCAACGGUGGUGGAAACUAUCACCCGGGUGGUCCAGGUUUAGGUGCCUCUCUACCACCGCAUCCCAAUAUGCACCAUGACAGUGGUGGUGGAAAUGGUACCCAUCUUCCAGGUGCAUAUCCUCAGCAACUUCCAGCCACUCAAUCAGCUGGUGGCCAUUUACCUGGAGCACAUCCGAUCGAACCACAUCACCAUCAUAGUCCGCUCGCAAACUCUGUGCAUCAUCCACCGUACUUUGGUGCUGGUGAAUAUCCGGAAGGUGGCAAACAUGGGACCGAACAUGGACCACUGCACGGCCAGCCACAUCACCAUGGCCAUAACCAUCCUUCGCAAACGAGACGUCCACCGAACUAUGCCGGUUGGGAUGGUCUUGCUAGUCCUCCCCACCAUCAUCAUCAUGUGGGUGGAAAUCAUGGAACUUCUGGCAAGAUAGGACCAUCGGGUCAUCAGCAGCAAGGGGGUAAUUUUGGUAUGACCGGAGGACAUGGCGGACAACCUGCACAUCCAACAGGCGGUGGCACUUCAUCAUACGGCCCAGGUGGAAGCCCAAAGAAUGGACAUUCGGGCAACUCAGCAGCACCCAUGGGAUCAAAGUACAUGGGUGGGAUGCAACAUCCGGCAGGUCAGCAGCAAAGCUACCAUCAUCAGAAAUUGGGACCACAGGUUCGCGACUACAAGGAAAAGCAUCAGGGCAAUCGGGGACCGCAUCUAGCACCAGCGCACGGUGGAAUGUCUUCGAUAUCUUCCGCUGGACCACCGUACCCUGGCGGGCGCAAUGGGCCACAUCCACCUCCACCGUAUCUAUCUUCCCCAUUGCCGAUGUCUGGACCUGACGGAUCUGUUGGAAAGAGUCCUACGGGUACAGUACCGCCGCCUCCACCGCCACCACAUCAUAACGGUUACAAUGGGUCACAGGGUGGUGCGGCGGCCUAUCAGCAUAACCUUCAACAGCACCACCAGCAUCAGCAUCAUCAUCAUAAUCCGCAUCAUAUGCAUCAUGGUACCGGGACGUAUCAACCACAGCGCCAGACAAUGGGUGAACCGUCCGGCUAUCUGCCCAAGAUGAUGUUCGAAACGCUCGGCACCACCGGUGGAGGUAAUAAGAAAUCGUACAAUCAACAGCUGAUGAACCAACAUCUGAGCGAACUUGGAAUGGCAAACCCGGCAGCCGCUGCCGGCAAGGAUAUGUUUAUCCGUUCCGAUUCGCUCCUAGCGGACGAUGAUGCGCUCAUGGUGGCUGAGCAAGAGUUCAACAAUGCUGCCCAGUAUGGACCGAUCUCGCGCAUGAACCCGAUCGGUACGGAACGUAUCGAUCUGGGCUUGACACCGCGUAGCCAUCCACGACACGCCACUGCUGUACAGCAGCGCGGUGGUGGCCUAUGGUCCACUACCUCCUCUUCCUCGCUCGGGGACAAUCCAUCACCGACCGGUGGUGGAAACGGUAGUUCAUCCGGUUCCUCACCAUUCUAUGCAGGCAAUAGCGGUGGCAUGAUACCAUCGGCGAUUCAACAAAAUCAAAAGCACUCAAUGCAGCCACCUCACCAUGCAUAUCAUGCACAGCAGCAGCAGCAGCAGCAGCAACAACAACUGCAUCCAUCAGCGUCCUCUACCGCGCUGGAAAAGAUGACACCAGAACCAAACAAUAACACGAUCGACUUUGAUCUGUUGCGUGGUGAUAAAAAGACGCUCGAGUACGAUCCGUCUGACUGUUGUGAUACCGUAUCAACGUCCGCUAGCGGUAGCAGUACGUGCGUGGAGUCGGACUUUUUGCUUCAAUCGUUAGUUUCACAGUCUGGCCUGGGCGGAGGUCAUUAUGGGCAGCAACAGCAGCAUCAUUUCCAUUCGAUGGUUACCGGUACGGCUAUGAUGAUGGCGGAAAGGAGCGGAUCACCACCACACGCACCACAACAUCAGCUGCAACAUCAACAACUGUUGGCGAAAGUGUCCCAACCGGAUCGUUGCAAUGGUGGAGGAUUGAAUGAUCGGCUUGCCCCGGUAGGACCGGCUUUGUCACCCGUCUGCACCAACGAUGAGCUACGCAAAAUGAACGAUAUCAAGAGUCCACAAUCAUCGCUGUCGGGUAUUCAGUCACCCGCUAUGAUCAUGUCGGUGACAUCCGAAUCUUCCGUUUGCACGACACCACCGACCGUUGGUACGAACGGUGGCACAUCCAUGUGGAACAAUCUGCUGGAAUUGUCCAGCUUUAAACCACCGUCCGAUUCGAUGCACAACCCGAACGAUCCAGAUGGAAGCUACAAUACAAGUGGACGAAACAAUCAGGGCCCAUCGGGAUAUCCGAUGACAUUCGCGUCUCCAUCGUCGAACUUUAUACGCUCGGCCGAACAAUAUAAAAUUCCAAAAAUGCUGCUGGAUUCUAAUGCCGGUCAACAGCAGCAACAAAGUUUCCUAAACCAGCAAGGCAAAGGUACAGCAACGGUGGUAAACAGUGAUACGCUGAGCGAUGUUGCUCGUUUUCACGAAAUGAUCAACACCAGCCAACCAGCAUCGCCUAGCUGUUUGAGCGAUCGCGUUACUAACGAUGAUCAACGCAAACUGAAUGAACUUAGGAUUCAAUCAUCUUCUGUAGCAGGAAUGACACCGACGGGAAUACUUACUUCGGUGACGGCAUCGUCCUCUCCCUCGAUCGUGUCAUCGGCCGGUGGUUCCGAUGUGGGUAUAUCCCUGCACGUCGAACAGUCGGCAACGUCCCUGUGGAACAACUUGCUGGAUCUUCCCAGCCUUAAACCAUCGCCACUGUCCACGAUCUCAUCGGUGCCGGGGGUCGGUUUGGAACAGGCUACAAACGAUCCACUGAUCGGUUGUCACAUCGGUAACAACAGCUCCAGCAGUACCGGUGCACUGUUAAACUCCAGCAAUGGCAGUAGCUGCGAAGAUUCGUACGAAGCGGGCAUCGCGGACGAUAUGCGCCUGAUGGAGAUGCAUCUCGAGUCGGUGUUGCAAAUCGACGAGAAUGGAAUAUAACAUUGGGAGGAAAAGGGUGCGAAAAGAAGGAUUGUGUCGGCAGUGCCAGCCAGACCAUAUCUGUAGGAUACAAUCCAAACUGUGUUUUAAGAUAAUGACUAAUCAAUUUGUUUAGGGGCUUCAGAAUGACGAUCAACACAAAUGCGCCAAUUCUACUGGUGGUGUGGGUUUUAUGCAAAUGCCAGAGGCAUUUGUAAAUGGCCUCUGUUUACGUUAGGGUGCCUCCUGCGGGGGAUGAAUAGCGAAACCCGGUUCUACAACUCGACUAAAGUUGUUCAGUUUUAAGUACGGCAGAAAAGUGAAAAUGGGAUUAUUAGCUAUUAGCUAGCAGAUUGGUUUGUUUUGUUUGUUUUCUCUAUCCUAAGAAAUGUGUUUAAACAUUUUGCUUGGGAAACAGGUCCAGGUUUCUGCUUAAGAACGAACGAUCGACUGAUCUGCAUAACGUUUAGUGUAUGGGGAAGAAGGCAGCAGACCGUCACGCGAGUAGUGACAAGCGCCGGACAGUUUGCUUAUAUCAGUUUAGGAAGGAACAAUGAAAGCAGCAUUGCAAAUGCUUGGACAUGCAGCAGCAGUAGCACGAUUAGUUAAAUCCGUUUGUUUUUUUUUGCGUUGCAAACCGUACACAUAUAUAGCUAUAUUUUCUUCAUAUAUUGACAGGCUCAAUCAUCAAAACGUUUGAUAACACAUUAUACGUUACCUACGCGAGUUUCCCGUACAUUGUGAGGGGGAAAAAAGGGGAAAACGAAAAAUGAGUGUACUACCAUAUUGAAAUUGUUAAUUGUGUUUAACUAUCUUUUCUAGCUCAAUUUGCACUAUAAUUAGUACGAUUUACCCCACACCUCCUGCUUUGCGUGUUUUGUAUGCGUUGAAUGCGAGUUGGCAAAUGGUGUGAAUUGGUUUUAAUUACAAGCUAUUUUUCUGUGAAAGGAUACACAUACCUUUUCCUGCUAUAUAGGUUAGUGUUUCUUGUUUGAGUAUAGGUAUAAAGCUAAAGUUGUUUUUCUUUUUUAUUGCUUAUAAAGCUUUUAGAUGAUAUAGUAUAGAAUGCUUUGGGGUAGCAGUUUACAAAUUUUAUCAUUGUUUUUUUAUAUAUACACAUACACACACACGCACACACACUAGAACACGAUUAUCAUUAAACUUGUAUAUGUAUAACCACAUAUAGAAGAGUGGCAUGAAGCAGCACUGCUUUUGAUUUUUAGAAAAGCAAAACAUAUGUAAUUGCUGUUAGAUGUUACACUAUAUUAGUAUGUUUAGAUAUUAUCUUAUUUGGUUUAGUACAUCAUGUUUAAAAAAUUAUAUAAAUCAAUUGACAAAAUGUGUUAUUCUGGCGUGGCAGGGCAAAUACUCUACAUUUUUCGUUCGACUGCCCUUUGGUUAGUGCUGACACCAUUUACAUAAAUAUAUAGAUAUAGAAAUAUAUUACUGCUUCGUCCUAGAAGUUUGAAAGGACUGUUGUUACCCAUGUGUGUGUGAGUGUGUGUGUGUGUGUGUGAAAUGAAGUCGGUAGCAAAUUGUAACCGAAGCCACGCAACAAACAAACAAAAAAGUCGUUCAAUUGAAUGAUGUGUUAACUAGCAGAAAAGGUAAAAAAAACAUAUAUGAUGAUCGCUCAUAUAUACCGGAGCGAUACACGGUAGUAAUAAUAGUAGCAAAAUGGUUGAGAUUCACUCUCAUUCCGUGGGUAGAUGUAAAGGUUGGCAGCACACCACAAUGGUACUCGUGUUUGCUGGAUUCGCUGCGGGAAUGUGUUUAACAAUAAUAAUAGUCCAAUUUACAUCGGUAACCGGUGUGCAGACAGAUACUCCGCAAAUCGUUAUGCGCUGUUCAUUAGGGUUAAUGUAUAUUCUAGAAUGGGGUAGAGGACAUACACACACACACACAAGCACAUGAACAGAAAUUACGCUAUGACAAAACAAACAGCAUAAUGAUAAAUUCUUUUUCCUGUUUUGUUUCAAGUUGGUAUUUUUUGUGGUUUUACACAAAACAAAAACGAAGUUAGGAUGUGGCCAGCCAUGGCAGCACAGGGUGCUGAAACGCAUCACACGCGCACCCAAUCAAUAAUGAAUGAAUUGUAAACUAAUGUUAGUAGCAAAAAUUAUCACCAUUUACCUUAAAAUAGCAGCUAAUCUAAAGCUGCUGCUCUCGGAAGGUUAACAGAACAGACUUGGCGGCGUACAACCUCCAACACUAUCCAUUCUCGCCAUUCUCUGGCGCUGGCUAUAAAUGAAGGACUUUAUGGAAAGCUCAUAGUUCUAAAGCAGUGCGCGACAUACAUCGGGAUAAGACACAGUUUCGAUCACUAACCAAUUGUUUACGGUGUAAACUAGUAAUGGGACGAGGACGGCGGCGAGAGGCUGAAGGAAAUGAAGACGUACGGACGUGGGUGGCAUGUGUAACAUUGUUUCAUGAUGAUAUACGCCAUCGAUUCAACAUCUUUUACAAUGAGGUAGAUUUGUAUCUGCUAUAGCCCCACAGCAAGACAGCCGGGCUCUAGCAAGCGGAACUUUAAUACCGGCCAAACGAUAAAACCGCCAUCAUGUUUGUUUGUUUGUUUUUUUCGCAUUGUCUUUUCAUUAAUUCAAGGAAGCAAAAUGUUUCCUUUAGGCUGUUAACAAGUAAUAUCCCUUUGUGCUUUGAUCGAAAACAAAAACAAAAAAAGAAAAAGACAACAAAGCAACGGUGUGUAGGCUAGAAUGUUUUAAAGAUCGAUCGAUCGUUUCGUGAUCAUUUAGUGAAGGAAAAAUUAGUCCCAUGGUCAGGGAGAAGUGUUCACGUCGACACGCGUUCAAUAAUGUUAAAGGGGACGAUUAGUGUUUUGUUUUCUAAAAACCCAAUGGGUUCAUGGUGAAUGGUACACAUUCUUCUAAAGCUAUUAAUCUAUUUAUUGUAGAAAAUGACCGCACGCUUAUAACCGUAUUCGAUCAAAAACCUUUGCAUAUAUGCAACUCUGUUUACAAGCAGUUACAAUUGGAAACAUUUAGUUACGUACACCGACUGAAAUAAGAUGCAGAAGUUUCGAUUGACUGCAAAUCAUCACUGGCAGGACGUGUGUAUGUACGGGCGAGGAAUUUAUAAGACACAGCGCAACCCUUGUUCGCACUGAAAUGGCUUAGGUCGUGAGGAAGCAAUUUGCAAAACACUGCAAAAAAAAAGCAAGAAGUGUCCCGGCCUGCAUUAACACACACCACUGACAGGCAAGCGUACCGUGGACGAAAACGUUGGGCGCUCCGAAAGUUUUUCGCUGAAAAAGAAACCAAGAAAUGUGUAAAAUACAAUAAGUGAAUCAAUUUAAUGAUUCCCAGACCGCUUCUUUGCGCACUGUAUCUGUGUAUUAGGGGGGCGGGCGAAUAGUUGAAUGAGAUUCUAAUUUUGUUAGCUUGCAAUAUAUACAUACAUAUAUGUAUAUUGAUCAUGUUUUUGAGUGAUUGUAAAGAAGAGCGAACAAAACAUAACAAUGCUAGGGAAGAUUACUAGUUAUUAGUGAGAAGCAGAAGACAGCAGUUAGUAACACGAAACGGGAAUGUGGAGUAAUAGAGUGCACACACACCCACAAAUACACUAGUAAAUAGUAGUAAGCUUUUACUAGCCAUGGAACAAGCCAAGUUUAACGCCGCACGGUUACGGGGAGCGUUACGGGUCCCGUCUGCGCUGAGCUAAGCUAAGCUACAUCGAGAACCGUGUGCAAAACACAUCUGACGCAAAACUUUCUUCACACUUUCAUCAUCUCACAGCUGUAUAAUGCAAACAAAUGCUAGGGAAAAGCAAUUGUCCAAUAAUCUAAUGCAUAUAUGGAAACAGUAACAGCAAAACAACCGUUAAAGCGAAAUGUGAAACAAAAUCACACACAGAAAACAUCAUUUUUUUACAUUUGAAUAUCCCCAUAUGCCACCGGUGUGCGCAAACAAAAAGGGCGAAAAAAAAGGAUGGAAAAUGGAUGCAACAGAGUUAACAUUUAAUAUAUAUACACACAAUAUAUAUAUAAAAAAAGGAUAUAUACAUACCUAUAAACAUAUAUUUGAAACAACAAGAAAGGUAUAUAAAUAUAUAUAUUUUUACUAUUCGGAAACGUUAAGCAGCAGCAGCAGGGACACACAUAUAUGGAAUCUGACGGAUGGCUAUUAAAAAAAAUCGUAUUAUAUGUACAAUGCUACAAAAAAAAACCGAAAAGGGCGGUAAAAUAGAGAAAGGAAGCAAUAGACAUACGAUCCUUCCCCCUCUUUUUUCCGGUGGGGAUGAGUUCUUUUGCAUACAAAAGCCCAACCACGAAAGAUCGCGAAAAGACAAACACACACACACACGAAACAAUUAAAUCAUGCAUAAACACGAACAAACAACCAUAGUAAAAACGGCUAGAGAUAACAGUGUAUUAUUAACUACUAGCUACUACGAAAUUACUACUAGUAAUACAUAACUAACCCUUGGCUGAAAGCUGUAAGAAAUAUUCAUGUAUUGCGUUCGUUUCACUUGCGUAAUGUUUGCUUAUGGAAAUUUUGUUAUAUAUACUUUAUGGAUUUUUGGUUGCAAAUAUUGAUUUUGUAAAACUUUGAUAUGCUCCUGGUUGGGUUCCGUUACUUGUUCUAUUUACUUUCGUCGUUCGUUCAUGUGCUUUGCGCGGGUAAAAGGAUAUUUUGUGCGCUUAGUUUUUUAAACAAAUGUUGCUGGCUGGUGGAAGUUUAGAUUUAAAAAAAUUGUUUUUUUCACUAUGAGCGUAGUGAAUGAUACGAAAUUACGUUAACCAUUAAUGAGCUGUCUGUUCUCUCUUUCCCUCCCUUUUCUGCUUACUCUCUUUCUGUGUGACCGCGAAAGGUUUCAUUGGCGCCCCUGGAAAAAAGGGUGAUUUGGUGUGUUUCAUUUUUUUAAAUAUAUUACUCCUGAUCUAUGAUUAUUAUUAUGAACGAGCUGUUUUACAGCUUCGUGCGUUUGUGUGCGUUUGAGUGAACGUUGAACGUUCGAUGUUUCUUACACCUUACCAGCGCCUUAAUUCCCUUUUACGAUCGAUUCCCUCAACAACAAAAACAUACAUGCCGAAACAAAAAUACACAGAGGAGCUACUAGUUAGUGAAACUCAGCUCAUAUUCUGCGGCAUCCAUACAUAUUAUAUAGCGUAAACAUUUAGCGUUUAGUGUAGUUUCGUUUCGCGUUGAUUGUUGAUCGAUUUUUUAUUAUUAUUUUAUAGUUGUUUUGUACAUUACCGAAUACUGCGUAGCUUGUACUACUAGAGAAGAGAAGAAGAAAGAGAAGAGAAAAAAAACACCUCCCGCCCCGCAUAAUUGGACUGUGCUCAUAUAUAGGUUUUUAUUUGCUUAUUACAUAUUAUGUUCUGUUAUAAAAACUUCCAUUUACUCUUUAUACGAAAUGUUUAACUUAUUUACAACAACCUUCGUAUACGUAUACGUACGACGGGAGGGAGUUUCGCAUUAUUUUCCCCAUUUUGUUUUUCGGUUCAUUCGGUUUCAUUCGACACACACACACGUUGCGUUGCUUUAAUAAUCAAAACAAGAACAAAAAAAAAAUUAAACCUUACCUUUCUCUACACUAACUUCAAGGUUCAAGCGAAAAAAUUAUCUCAAUAAUGUUUUUUUUUCUUAAAAUAAUUUUGUUUGUUUUACAACACAGUUUAACUAACAGCGGCAACGGCAAUAGCAAUUAUAGAUAAUCGUUAAAACACUGGCGUUAUACUGAAGAUAGAAAAACGAUUUACAGAAAUGGCAAUAGAGAGUCUGGGAAUGGGUUAUAGAACGAACUCUAAUGGCAUUAGGCAUCAGAAGGGAAGAAGGGCGCGAGAGCGCGCGACCGACCCAUUGUUUGUGCGUGUGUGGCGAGAAGUAUUUAGCAAAGCGUUUAAAAAUACAGAAAAAAACGAUUAAAACUGACCAGCAGAAAUACAAGCGUUAAUAGUGUUGAAAUUAAGUUCUAUUUUGUUUUGUUCUUUUCCUAUUAUUAUUUCCUAGUCUUAUGUUCAACGUUAUGUUAUAAUAUCACAUGAUUUUUUUUUACUGUUUUUGUUUUGUUUUAUUUUAUAUAUCGUUUUUUUAUCACUUUUAUUAUUGUUCUAUGUAUUUUAUUAAUUUUUCUAUUUUUUCUUUUCAGUUUAAAUACGCCACUUGAAAAAGAAAAAAGAAAUCAAGCUUCCAGUCAAAGGGAAAGCACUGUGUGUGUGUGUGUUGCAUGUUUAUGGACAGAAGCAAAAGAAAUAAACCGAUUUGAAAGCGAUUUAUGCUUGUAUCAUCGAGCCGAAGAAAGAGGUUAUUAAGGAGAGCAAGUGUAAUGUAAUGCUAGCGCACUUUACUUAUCCAUUUACCAUCAUCAUUCGUAUCGAAUCGUGUAAUACUCCGACUAGCGUUAUCAGUGUUGACCACAGGUGGGCAAUCUUAGAUUUUAGGUAAAUCUACUAGCAUAAUAUGCGAGCGAAGAAUGAGCCACAUAAGCAGAGGGGAACUACUAAACAAAUAAUGGACGCGCCAUCAUGCAGAGGUGGUGGCAUAACACAUAACAAACCAACUGAUCAACAUAUAACUAAACAAAAAAUAAGCUAGUAAAUUAAGUAAAUCUUGCAUACAAAUGUAGCUACGGUAAUGUAAUCGUGGUAUCUAAAAACCAGUGUUUGCAUAGCUUAAAUAUUACCGUUGUUUGUUAACAUUUUGCCAGCUGCAAUACGAACAGUAUGUAGCGUUAGUAGCGGCAGCAGUAGUAGAAUGGAGAAAAACGAAUGGAAAAAAACCCGUUACCGAUCAUACCCCCUUAACUUGACCAAUAAUCGUGUCCCAUGAGGACAAAGAGGAAGUGGACGUGCGACGGAGCCGGCAGCCGUACAAUCUAUAUCAUCUUAUACAGUGUUUAGAUAGAAGGAAUUAGACAAAGAGAUUACACCCUUAGAGGAUCUCAGAAUUAUCCAACGAUCAAACUUUGUUGAUCGUUUCCGUUUUUGUUUUUAUUUCCCAUUACAUUGUUUGUGUUAAAAAUUGCGUUUAUCUUUUCCACUUUUUUUUAAAGGUUAAACAAUUUGUUUCAUCGUCUCAAACAUACUUUCCUGCGUCGGGGAAAUGGUGCUUUCAUACGGAAAAGCAUCACCGGUUUAUUCACCGCUAGGAGGAAAGAUGGGAAGAGUUCGCUUCGUUUGCUACUAGAGUAAAAGUGCCUUUUUAAAAACAAUACUUGUAGUUAACUUUCACGUGUAUUUGCUAUACAACCGAUUUGAGAGCAAACAAAACUAUUAAUCAUCAUCUUGGAUACACAACGUCACAAAACGUGGUACACAAACGCAGCUUGAAUUGAAGUUAGUAAAUUCAUUACAUCUUUCCAUUGUUGGACAAUUAGCAAACAAAUAACAAAUACGCGAUUGCAUAUUAAACUAGUACUAAUGCGUUUUGACAGACACUUUCUGUUUUGAUCUAACAACAUUAGUAAUCGUACACUAGGUGUACUACAAAAUGGUGUCCAUUACUAUUUCCCUUGGUCUUUGCGGGAUUUAUUUCCGACAGUUUCGGGUGCCAAGUCAAGAAACAAAUAUCCAAAAAUAAACAAGAAAGUUCAGUAGUAAUCACUACACUUAACGAACCUAUAAUAAUACCAAUAGAAUUGAACACACAUUUUGUUAGGUUAUCUAUGCUAUUCACUAAAAUUAUUAGCCUUACUAAAAACGUUUAUACCAUUAACAAUUACAUUAUGCAAAGAGGUUUAUAUCGCUGCUAGACUUUUGAAAGCACUGUUUAGCGUGUGUUCUAAAAGCUGUUAUCACCAUUUGUUACACAUCUGUAGCCAUUGUUAGUAUGUUUGUUAUUAGCAGCAGUGCACAACAAUACAACAUUGCCCUAAAAGCCGAGUUCCUAAACAAAACAAAAAAAAACAAUGUGUACAUCUUGCUAUGUCUAUUCUACGGUUUUUGGUUGACGUAUGUAAGCGCAACACUUCCCCGACAGCAGUUAAAUUUUGAUCUUUUCGAAGUUUUUAAUUAUCCUGUUCUUUGUACAUUUUUUUCUUAGCAAAAAUAAUUAAAUACUCUAGUUAUAUUUAGCUAUAUUUUAAACUGUGAACUUUGUUAAGUAAUAAGUACAUGUGUGUUGGCGAACUAACAGAAAGCCCUCCACGUUCUAUCCGAUAGUUUAAGAUUAGCUGAGCAAACCAAUGCCAACAAACGAAAUUGAAAUCCAGCGCUGAUGUGUUUGUUGUGUUUAAAAAGCGUUUGCUAUGAGAGAGAGAGAGAGA